AUGAAAAUAAGAUUCUGCUGCACAUAAAGCUGNAAGUUAAAUAUUCUUGCACCUAAACAAUUUUUUGAUUUGCAAACCCCAGUCAACUUUCUUGUAAAAAAAAAAAAUUUUGCAAAUGUGAGAGAGAUUAGAUAAAAAAAUAAAAUUGGAUUUGGUUGUAAAGUUGGUUCUUAGUCUUUACCACAUAAUAUAUGGAUAUAUACUUCACUUAGCCUUUAAAGUAAUCGAAUAAUAAAACCUCAAGGAUCUUUGGCAUUCCAUCAAAAAAAAAAUAAACUACCGAUUUAUAUGUCUAGAAAGGAUAUGAUGAAUGAAUUAGAAAAAUUUAAAUAGAGAGCAAGUUCGACAUCUCCAUCAAAAAAAUAGAAAAAAUAUCACAACAUAUUUUUUAAUAAUAACGAAAGGAAUGAAAAGUUAAAAAAGUAUUUUCAGACACAUAGAGAAAGUAGUCCUUAAAAAUUGACUAGUAUAUCGAAUAUAGAAGAUUCACGUUAAUAAAUUUUUUAAUCACCUAAAUAGUAUGAAAAUAAUUUCAAAAGAUUAAAUUCUGUGAAUCCUUCUAUUUAGCCAAGAUUUCCUUAAUUAAAGAAAAAUUAAAUAAAAGCAGAAUCUAAAGAAAUAGAUAGACAAAAUAGUGAAUUAAUGAAUACAUCUAUCAACUAAAACUGUGAAGAUAGUACUUCAGGGAUAUAGGAAAGAAUUUAAUCUAGAAAAUAUUAUUAAAACAGUAAAUGUAAUAUUUAAAGAAAUAAGUUUUUAAAUGACUCGUAUAGAUUAUAUGGUUUUGUAACAGAGAUUAAAGAUACAAAAUAAAAAUAUACAAUGUUAUAAGUUAGCAAUUUUAACAAUCUUAGUAAAUCAAGUGAAUAAAAUAAUAAUAAUAAUGUAAGUUCAAGUAAAUCAAGAGAGGUUACUCCAUAAAAUAAAAGCAUGAAGAAAUCAAAGUCUUCUAAAGAUAAAUUAUAUAAUUUGCUUAAACAAUCUCAUUUAAAGUAUCUUGAAAGAAAUUAUAAAACUCCUGAUAAAAGACAUAAAUCUCCAAAAAAAAAAGAGGAAUAUGAAAUAACAAAAAAUAAAAAUGUUAUUCUUUCUUAUUUUCCAAAUUAAGGUUUAGGUUAGAUUAAUAAAAAAUAAUAAUAAUUUGCAUGA